CUUAACCCAUUCGACAUGAAGGUCACGUAUGUUGUUAUGCUCGCCUUUGCUGCUUUGGCUGCUGCCGAAGAGAACAAGGGCGUGGCUGCUGGAGAACUUAAGAAGACGGUGGUCACUGUUGAAGAACCUAAAGAAGUUCGCGAGGUGAAAGCCUUGCCCGCUUAUGCCUUCACCCUUCCUUACGGUUUCGGCUACGCUGCUUCUCCUUACGGUUUUGGCUACCACUCUCCUAAUCCUUACGCUUACGGCUACGCGCCAGCGUCCUUCGAUGCCACAUCUCCCAAGUUCACAGCCAACCCUUUCGCCUUUGGUGCCGCGCCUGCUAAGUUCGCUGCUUCUCCUUAUGGUAAUGCGUACGGCGCUGCUCCCUACACUUAUGGUUACACUGGCUUUCCUUACGGGUACGGAUACGCUGCUCCGGCUGCUUUCGGAGCUGCGCCAGCCGCUUCCACCACAGCCAAGUUGGCCACUCAAGCUUACGCUCCUUACGUUGCCGCAAAACAAUACCACACACAAUACGGUGCCACCUACCCGUAUUCUGCCUAUCACAGCCCUGCCUUUCCCUACAGCUAUGGAUAUGCUGCCAGCCCUUACAACUUCAAGUUUGAUGGCGCUAAAGAUAGCGCUUCCACUUACCAACAAGAAAACUUUCCAUUUGCCUUCCCUGCUUCCGCAUACGCUGGAUUUCCAUUCACCCUUAAGGAAUAAAAGAUGAUCUGGUAGCCAUUUA